CACAGAGUACGCAGUACUCUGUCAUGACACCAGAAGAUUAAUUCCAACAUCCACCACACACAGCAAUCAUGCCAGAUCGACCUCCCUUUGCAGGUCGACCUGCUCAGCCUCCCGGCCCGACUUAUCUUCAGUACUCCCCAGAUGGAAAGAGAUUACUUGUGGCCGGCUGCGCCAACUUUGCCCGAUCAUUCAGAACCAACGACAAUGGAGAGCCAGACAUGUUGCCCGAGGUCCACGAUGACACCUACGCCAUUGCUGCCGGAAAUGACUAUGCAAUCCUCGGUUGUGAGGACGGCACUGUCUGCGAAUAUGACGUCCCUUCUGGAGAUCUGAAACAGAUGCUCGUCAGGUCAACCCUGCCCAUUCGAGACAUUGCUCUUUCAACGGACGAGAAAUGGGUUGCUGUAUCAAGCGAUGAACUCGAAGUCAAAAUCGUCAACCGACAAGACACUGAACAGAUCACCAUCCUCCGCGAACACUCCAAGCCUAUCAAACAUCUCACCUAUGACCCUCUAGGCAAAUAUCUUGCCGCUUCUAGUACCGACGGUGUCAUCUACCUAUACUCUCUCAGCGGCCCUGAGCCACAGCUCUUUCGGAAGAUCGACGGUGUCAUCACGCGACUCGAGACUGCCCAGGAGGCCACUUCAAGAUGUGUAUGGCACCCUGAUGGACGAACUUUUGCCUGCGUUACCGCAACCCGUGACAUCCAAGUCGUUUCAGUUGAAGAUGGGGCACAUCAACGGACAUUCUCUGGUGCUCACAACAGCGAUAUCACUUCACUCGCAUGGUCAUCCAAUGGUGCAUUGUUAGCAAGCGCCAGUGCCGAUGACAAGCUGGUCAUCUGGGACACCAAAACUCAAAAGAUCCUCAAACAAUACAACUACGAGAAAAUCCUGAAUCUCACUUGGCAUCCCGGCAACGAAAACAUAUUCAACUGGACAAACUCAAAUGGCGAGGCGUUCAUCAUCCCGGAAUUCCUCAAAGACGAAGAUCAUAUCAGGUUACUCAAAGGUCCCAAAGCGCGAUCUCCGUUCUUCCAUGAUCCUCUGGACAGCAAGGCUGCUGCAGUCAAUGGGCGAGCACCCCAUGUCAACGGACAUGCCAAACCUCGAGCUGGAACUCCUGACAGUCUGGACCUCCUUCUCGGACCAGAUGACGAUACAGCAGCGAACGAGAAUGAAAAUGACUGGAUCGAAGACGACGACGGGGCGGGUUAUACGAACGGACACGUCAAUGGGAAUGGCAAGCGAUCUGGACACCAUCUCGAUCCCCUGACUGGCCAUCUCCUAAAACGAAAUCGACAAGAAAUCUGGCAAGCCGAAGUGCACGAGCCGUUCCAGCCAGGUGCCACGCCCUGGCGAGGCAAUCGCCGUUACUUGUGUCUCAAUUUGAUUGGAUUUGUCUGGACCGUCGAUCAAGACACACACAAUACCGUUACCGUCGAAUUCUACGACCGUGACAUGUACCGAGAUUUCCACUUCACUGACCCCUUCCUCUAUGACAAGGCCUGUCUGAAUGAACACGGAGCUUUGUUUUCGUCUCCUUGUCAAAACGAUCAGCCAGCAGUGAUUUUCUACCGCCCUCAUGAAACAUGGACAUCCCGUCCCGAUUCUCGCAUCACACUUCCAGACGGAGAGGAACCAGUCUGUAUCGCCUUGAGUACCCGCUAUAUCGUCGCCGUCACUAACAAAAACUAUUGUCGCGUGUGGACUUUGCACGGAACACCAGUGCGGAUAUGGCGCAUGAAGAGCUCCCCUGCAGUAACGUGUGCUGCCUGGGGUGAUUACGUUCUUACCGUCGGUAAUGGACCCGUGGGCGCCGAUGGAGCCACACAGCUUCUAUAUUCCAUCGACAACGUUCGGCUAGACGAAAACCACCAGAACGAAGAUAUGUUGUCACUCGGCCCGUUGGAUCCUGAUGCUGGAAAUUUCGAUGACGAAGAUGGAAACACAUCUCUCAAAACGGUGUUUUGGAGCGAUGUCGGCGACCCGUGUAUCUACGACAACGCCGGCGUAUUGUUGACACUCUUACAUUGGCGGACGCCAGGCCAGGCCAAAUGGGUCCCACUUCUCGAUACGCGACAACUAGACCGAUUGAAAGACGGCAAGAAAUCGGAGACCUACUGGCCUGUGGCAGUCGCAGGCGAACGAUUCCACUGCAUCAUCCUCAAAGGUGGUGACAAGACACCCUACUUUCCACGGCCAUUACUCACAGAGUUCGACUUCAAGAUCCCCGUAUGUCGAGCGGUCGACAAAUCGGCCAAUCAACAAGACGAAGACGGUGAUCAAGACAUGGCCGCCGAAACCAAUGCUGCCGCCGCCGCUCGUCUCGAAGAAGCAUACGUACGAUCAUCCGUUUUAUUGGGCCUAGUUGAAGAUCUCGUCCAGGGAUUAGGCGACCGGGCCAGCCACCGCGAAAAGACCGAAGUCAUGAGACGUGAGAUCGAAGUAGACAAAUUGUUGAUCCAGUUAUUGAUGGUCGAAUGUCGCGAAGGCGAAGAACGGGGCAUGAAGGCUCUGGAACUAAUCCAUCUCUUCAAGGACACGAAUGGCAAAAUGCUCGACUCGGCAGCAAAGGUCGCAUCUAGAUUUGGUCGUUCGGUUCUGGAAGACAAGAUUCGUGAUAUUGCUGAGAAAAGGCUCAUGGGAGUGGAAGACGAGUAAUGUCAUGGUAUGAUAGAAUGGGAUAUCAUGUGAUGUGUGUAUGUCUAUAUAUUUAUAGGGUCUCUGAUGUAGCAAGCGGU